GCAAUCGAGAAGCGUGGCUACUCAGGAAAGGGAACUUACUACAACACGGAGACCGGCAACGCUGGCUCGUGUGGCAACAUGCUCAGCAACAACGCCUUCACCGUCGCUGUUGCCGGUGGCAUGAUGAACUCUGGUCUCUGCGGAAAGACGGUCACCAUCAGUGCCAAUGGCAAGACUGCGCAGGCCACGAUUGCCGACACUUGCCCACCCGGUGGAGGACAGUGCUUUGGCUCUGAUCUUGACAUGAGCCCUGCUCUCUUCAAGUACUUCGGAAGCCUCGGUCUCGGUGUCCUUCAAAUCCAAUGG